UGUUCUGAGCCGAGAGGAGAUCCGCGGCAGCGUCUCGGCUUUUCUCACUGUAACAUUACUGUAUGAGAGACUGGGCCGACUAACCGCGCCUGCUGUACGCUGCAGACAGAUUCUACAGACUUAUUUGUAUUGAUAGUCGUUAUUUUUAUUUGACGGGGUGCUUCAGCUGGUCACCAUGACAGCCCUGUCGCUGCUUUUGAUGGCCGUGUCGGCCGCAUCUGUCCUGGCUGAGUCCAAUGUGUAUCUCCGAGAGCAAUUUGAAGAUGGGGAUGCCUGGAAGAGUCGCUGGGUGGAAUCCAAGCACAAGUCAGACUACGGCAACCUCGUCCUCAGUGCAGGGAAGUUCUAUGGAGAUGCAGAGAAAGACAAAGGUCUGCAGACGAGCCAGGACGCCCGCUUCUACGCCUCGUCAGCCCGUUUUGCUGACUUCAGCAACCAAGGCGAGCCUCUGGUCAUCCAGUUCACUGUGAAACACGAGCAGAGCAUUGACUGUGGUGGAGGCUACAUUAAACUGUUCCCCUCCAGCCUCAACCAGGAGGACAUGCACGGAGACUCCGUUUACAACAUCAUGUUUGGUCCUGACAUUUGCGGUCCCGGCACAAAGAAGGUUCACGUCAUCUUCAACUACAAAGGCAAGAACCAUCUAAUUAACAAGGACAUCAGAUGCAAGGAUGACGAGUACUCCCACUUGUAUACGCUGAUUGUGAACCCUGACAACACUUACGAGGUCAAGAUCGACAAUAAGAAGGUCGAGUCCGGCAAUCUGGAGGAUGACUGGGACUUCCUGCCUCCCAAAAAAAUUAAGGACCCCGAAGCCAAAAAGCCAGAGGACUGGGAUGACCGGGAGAAGAUACCCGACCCUGAUGAUAAGAAACCAGAGGACUGGGACAAGCCCGAGAACAUCCCAGAUCCUGAUGCCAAGAAGCCUGAUGACUGGGAUGAAGAGAUGGAUGGAGAGUGGGAGCCACCGAUGGUUGCUAACCCUGACUACAAGGGAGAGUGGAAGCCCAGAGAGAUCAACAAUCCUGCAUACAAGGGCAAGUGGGUCCACCCUGAGAUUGACAAUCCGGAGUACACGGCAGAUUCUGACAUCUAUAAAUACGACAGCAUCGGCGUGAUUGGACUCGACUUGUGGCAGGUCAAGUCUGGUACCAUCUUUGAUAACUUCCUGAUCACCAACGACCCAAAUCUGGCAGAGGAAGUAGGCAACGACAUAUGGGGUAAAACUAAGGACGCCGAGAAGAAGAUGAAGGAAGGCCAAGAGGAGGAGGAGAGAAAGAAACGUGAGGAAGAGGACAAGCAGAGGAAAGAUGAGCCAAAGGAGGAAGACGAGGAGGAAGAGGAGAAAGAUGAGGAGGAAGAGGAGGAGGAAGAUGAAGGAGAGGAGGAGGAGGGAGAAGAGCAGGAGGAGGAAGAAGAGGACGAUGAAGGCACAGACUCUAAACUCAAGGAUGAGUUAUAAACUCCAUGCAGGAACUGACUGUGUCAGUGAGCCAUUGGAAGAGGCUGGAGACUGAGGAGAUGAUAAACCCUCAUGACUGACACCCUGGGGUGGGGUUGGGCGGGACGGGGUUUUUCAUUUGUGUGUUUGUUUGUUUACAAAGCAAGGGAGUGGGUGUAAAAGGGGAAUUAUUCUGUUUCCUGUUUCAUGUGCUACUACUACUACUACUGUUAUUAUUAUUAUUAUUAUUAUUAAUAAACAAGGAAUAGUAAUGGAAGGAAUGAAGAUGUCAUAACGAAUGUCAAGACAGGAAAUCAAUCAGUUUAUACCCAAAAUAAUUAUAUAAAUUGUCAUUUGUGUUCUCUGAAAAUCUGGGUUUUUAUGAAGUAUGACAUGAAAAGCUAUAUUUGGUGUGUGGAUGAUACCAUGAAAAUGUUUUGUUUACCUCAUUUGUUUUGUUUGUCCUAUUAAUUAAUCUGUGUCACAUUUUUUUAUUUGUUUGUUUAUGUCACUCGGUCUCAUGUCAUUUUCAAAGGAUUAGACUACAUUAUACAGGUUCUCUAACCUGCUCUUAUUUAAACGUUUUGGUUCGAACGAGGGUUAACUGCACGGAGACAAGAAUGCAUCUGACACAUUAAAAUUGACAACAUGUUGGAAGAAAGCUGUCGUCCAUGGGAUGGUUAUAUGGGGUGCUUUAAGAUUAAAUCCUUUGCAUAGUUUUGUACUGUAUAGUUAACUUUUUCACUUCAACAAACAUACUGUAGUCUUGUGUGUCUAAAUAAACUGUGCUCAAACUCAGAUGUACAAAGGGAGCACCCCAGUAGCAGGUAAACUUACAUUCAUUUGGUACGCGUUCACUUUAGGUUUACUCAUACAGUAGUAAGUGUACAAAACCAGUUUUCCUUAUUUCUGAUGCUAAAUAUCUCUGCACUGCUGUACCCCAACACACUGUCCCCAACAGUCUGAGAGAUGAUCCUUUUGUAAAAGACACAUUUUGUACUAAUGGUAGUAUCUGAAGUGAAACGAUUUUCAUGUUGCUGUGUAAAAAAACAAAACAACACAGGUGUUCUGUUCAAUAAAUUCAACCAGUGAAAAAUGA